AUGGCGGUCAGUAUCCCAGGAGUGAUAGCGAUGGUGUUCUUCUACCUGCUGAUUCUCGGAGUCGGCAUCUGGGCUUCUUUUAAGUCCAAAAGGGAGGAGAAUAAAAGUUUGGCUAACAAAAUGGACAUGGCCCUGCUGGGAAACCGGGGAAUAAAGAAGGUGGUGGGGAUCUUCACAAUGACAGCCACGUGGGUUGGAGGAUGCUACAUCAUGGGCCUAACUGAGAUGGUUUACACACCCUCUAUGGGGCUAACAUCAGCAGUAUUGAUGAUAACAGCCUUUUCUUUUAGUUUUAUUUUCGGAGGUCUUGUGUUUGCCAAGCCAAUGAGAGACAACAAAUAUGUGACCAUGUUAGAUCCUUUCUUGGUCAAGUAUGGAAAAGCGCUGCUGGUCAUUCAGUCACUGACAUCUCUUCUCAUAGACGUCGUGUGGUUGGCAGGAACCCUUAUUAGCUUAGGGGCCACUAUGAAUGUGAUUUUGGAUUUGUCCUACACUGUGAGCAUCUGGACUUCUGCUGCUGUGGUCAUAAUCUACACACUGCUGGGAGGUCUCUACUCUGUUGCCUACACAGACAUCAUACAGAUUAUCCUCAUCUUUAUCACCAUGUGGACUUGUGUUCCCUUUAUCAUGUUAAACCCCUACUCAUAUGAUAUAUCUAAGACGGCCUGGAACAACACCUUUCAGGCUCCCUGGAUUAAUAAACUGGAGGGAAAGUUGGCCUGGACAUCCUUGGAUAAUUUCUUAAUCCUGGGUUUGGGAAACCUUGGAUAUCAAGCUUUUCACCAGAGGGUCUUGUCGGCCACCUCCGUCUCCUCUGCCAGAACCUCAUGCUUUGUUUCCGCUUUUACAGUUGUGAUAUUUGGAAUUCCGCCCACACUGUUUGGGGCCGUGGCUGCAUCCACAGACUGGAACCUCACCUCUUAUGGUUCUCCCCCUCCAUUGGAGCGUGGGGAGGGGGCUAUGGUCCUGCCUAUCACCCUGCAGCACCUUACCCCGACUGCCAUCUCUAUCAUUGGAACUGGAGCCAUUGCUGCUGCUGUUAUGUCUUCAGCUGACUCUGCUUUGAUCUCUUUUGCCUCCGUUUUCACUUCAAAUAUAUACAUUACAGUCCUGAGGCAAAAGGCAUCACAGAGAGAAAUCCAGUGGGUAAUCCGUGCUGCUGUAGUUGUUGGGGGUUUGCUUGGUACAUCACUCACCAACCUCAAAAACAGUAUCAUAGCUAUGCUGUUUCUUGGCUGUGAAGCAGCCUACAUAUUGAUCUUCUCCCAGCUCGUCUGUGCCCUAUUCUUCAACAUCACCAAUGGAUAUGGUGCUGUCAUGGGCUGGCUGAUUGGGUUGGUGUUAAGACUUCUCAGUGGGGAGCCAUCCCUUGGAUUAGUACCAGUCAUACAUUUCCCAGGAUGCACUCUGGAGGAUGGUGUUUAUGUCCAGUACUCUCCGGUUAAAACCAUCGCCAUGCUGGCUGCUUUCGCUGGCAACUUAUUCUUCUCAUACCUGGCUUCCAUUAUCUUCAACAAAGGCCUGCUUCCUGAGAAGUGGGAUGUGUUCAACGUGAAAGCUCAGCAGUCACCACCACCACUGACACCCACAGGAGACUCGAAAGGACUCAAUGAACAGGAGAAGUGUGAUGAAAAAGAAUCUCACCAAGAUGCCUCAGAGCCAAUGAUAACAAAGUGUUGAAUUUUAUAUGUGCAGUAAUAUAUCACAAAAAGACUUCGAUCUACGCGAUAAAGAGGAAGAUCAACAAACGGAAGAAAAAAGGAGAUACAGUUGUAAAGCUUUGAUCUGGAGACCAGGACACAAUUUAUCAAACCACUGACUCUAUCAGUGGUCUUUAAAGAUAUUAAUACCUCAGGAAGGCAGUUUUGAAACCUGACGAACAGUAGCCAAAAAGUGAGGUCUUUAUAUUUCUUAGGCUUUGGGCCAAGUUUAGUUUUCUCCUCAGUGAUUUGGAGGAAGGUGAAGGUAAGGUGGUUAAAUAUUUGAUGAACUUAAAGAUGUGCUCUUUUCUUUUUAUGUCAUAUUGAAAAUGUCAACAAAUACAAUCUGCUUGUUUCUAUGGUUAUGAUGACAUGGGUUAAUCAAGCAUUUAACAUUUUAUGGAA